CUACAGUGAGGACAGUUAGGUUAUAUUUACUGCUUUAGUUUAACUGUAAAACAAAAUGAAGCAGCAUUUCCUCACGUCGUGUCUCUUAACCCGAAGCGUUACUGUUGUUUUUAUUUAUUUUGUUUUUAAAUUUAUUUCGUUCAUGUCCGGUUGGUCCAGUCUCGUGCACGAGCGGUGAAACGCUGCUGCUGUGAUUUUUCCGCGCGCCUUGCUGCUCAUUCCUGGUAAAUAUGGCCGCAAAAACAAACCACUCGUUCGCAAUAAUUCGCAUCUAGCCUCAUUUUGGAGACGUUCACCGUAUCCUGAAACCUUUUUAAGUUUGACAUGUGAGACCGAUAAGUAAGUUCAAUAAAUUUACAACCUGUGGAGCUUUACACUAGUUACUGAAGUGAAGCUACAGUGGGGUCAGUUCAACAUAUUGGUGAAAGCUUGUAUUGUGUAUGUCUUAUGUCGACACUAUAUUGCUGUCAAAAGAGGUUACAUGAGACUGAACAAGCUACGUUAUGCGACACAUUUCUUCAACUAACUUGUUUUUCAGGAAGCAUGACAUGUAAUCUAGUUUAGAAGUGGACAUGUGACUUCCUCCCUCAGUAUCUUCCAGUCCUCCCGUCUGGUAAUGUCCUGUCCAGCUGUCCAGCUCCUCGGUGUUGGGGCCCCGGAGCCUCUGAUCCUCCUGCACCAGCGACUGUUGCUGGCAGAGCAGGAGACUGAAGGCCUUAUUAGAGACUUGUGUGAACUAGGUGUAUCUAGGGACCAAAUAUUGGAAUCUUCAGAGAGGUUGGGUUCUCUAAGUCCCCUGAAGAUGCGCUGGACUCUUGGAGAUGAGAGCAUCCUUUGGGAAAAAUAUGACUCUCUAGUGAAUCAGAUGUGUCGCAUUGAAAGUCUGCUACAGACCCUCAAACUCACUGUCUUCCGCCUUGAGACUGAUAGAGAGCUGGAUCCCUCUCACACAGCCCAUUUGAAGCAGCAGCUGGCAGCACUGCAGCGGGAGAGUCAGGAGGAGCAGCAGGCAUCCAGGAAGGAGCUGAUCAAGCUCCGGGAUCAACUUCUACAGGCUUACCAGGAGAGAGAUGAAGCUCGCACACAGGUGCAGAGGUUGGAGGACACACUGGAGGCAGCUGCUGCUGCUAAGCUGGAUGUGGCUUUGGCAGCUGAGGAGCUGAAAACUGUUAAAUUAGAGAUGAGUCAGAAACUGAUGGAGAUGACAGAGCAGAUGAUGCAGGAAUCCACCCGCUCCAAUGACGCCAUAAAAUCUUUCAGUGAGCUUCUCCGGAGGGUUGAAGACAUGGAGAGAGUGGUGGAGAUGGAGAGAAGACAGGCUCUGCUGCUGCAGACCGACUGCCAGGCCCGGCGUGUGGAGGUCCAGUCUAGCCGGCAGCAACUGGCAGAAGAAAAAGACAGAGGCCGACAGCUGGAGAAGCUCUGUCAGCAGCUCAAAGAACAGGCAGCAAUGAAGAACUCCCUUGUGUCUGAGUUGAAAACUGAAGUGAAAAGCGUUCAUGUGGCUCAUCAGAGGCAGCAGAUAGAGAACAAUAAACUGCUGAAAGAGGCCAGAGAACUGAGAGCUGCUGCUGACAGACUGCAGAUCCAGAAUAAACACCUUCAAAGCCAGUGUUCACAGCUCAGCUCAGCCCUGCGUUCACUCACAGCAGAGAAUGAGAAGCAACAGUUUGAGCAUCAGGCUUGCUUGAUGGCCGAGAGGAGUCGUGUGUUCAAGCAGCUUCAAGAGCAAGACCUGUUGCUGGAGGCAGCCCGAUGCAACGUUCAGACUGAGCUGCAGGUGGCGGUAACAGACAGCGUUCGCCUCCAGAAGGAGCUGGAGAAGUUAAAAGGAGAGCAUGCUCACCUCCUGCAGAGCUCCUCCAUCACUCAAGAAACAGCGGCCACUCAGAAGAAGCUACUAGAGCAAACCAUUGAGAGACUCCGGGAAGAGCUGAGCACAGUGAGGGAAGCAGAGGAGGCGAUGAGAAAAGACCUGGAGGCUGCAAAAAAUGAGCUAUGUCUGGUUGUCACUAAGCUGGAGGCUGAAAGAAGUGAUCUGGACACCCAGCUGAGGGAGGCCAGGCGGGAGGUGGGAUCUCUGAGCUCUGACCUACAGAACCAACAGGAUGAGAACAGGAGGCUCAUGGGAAAGGUGUCUGCUUUAGAACAGCAGCAGGAUGCAGUGCAGCAUGUUGACCAGACGCUGAAGGAUCUAUCUGACAAGAACAAGCUGACCUUUGAAAACAGGAAACUUAAGAUCAGCGAGCUGCUGGGUAUUUGUGGACCAGCAGAGGGUGUUGUCAGACCAACCUCCAUUAGCAGACUCCAGCUCAACAGCCAGACACCUCGUCAGGAGCUGGAGGGACGAGAACAGGAGCUGGUCACUCUCAAGAAGGACAGGAUGCAGGCUCAGAGAGAAAUCAGAAAACAUCAGGCUGAAGUGGAGAAACUCCAGGAACUCCUAACAUCUGCUCAUUGGAAGAACAACAGAGCUCUGGAGUCCUUGCAGAAGGCCUUUGUUACAGCCAGAGGCGACAACAAGAAGCUGGCCCACAGUUUGGAGCAGGCUGUGUUGACCAACAGCAGUUUACACAGGAAGCUGGAACAGGCUCGAGACCAGUACCAGGCUACCAUCAUGCUGAGAGAUGACGAGUUACGUGAAGCUCAGACAAAGAUAAGUCAUUUAUCUACAGAUCUGAGCGCUAUAAAGCAACGAAGUAGGGAAGACUAUCAAUCAUCCAUGAAGACGCUGCAUCGAGAAAUAUCAGAGCUAAAAAUGACAGUCAAAGAUUCAUCAACCAAGUCAAGUGAACUGUCCAAGACCAAUGAGGAUCUGCACAGACGGGUGUCUGAGCUGGAGCGUCUAGUGUCCAAACAGAAAGCCUGUAUUAGAGAGCAGAGGAGCCAACUGAGGCAGCAACAGAAGAGCAGAGAUUUACAGGACAGCUGUCAGAAAGUUGAGCAGAGGUUAGAAGAGAGGAUCAGGAAUCUGCUUGAGAAGGAGCAGACCGACGGUAAACUCCCAGAGGUCAGGAUGGAAUCUGAACAGGUUAUAAGCAAACGGGAGGCAGAGCUGGAGAGGUGGACUUCUACCAUCCAACGCUGGGAGGCCAAGAGAGAGCUGGCUCAGAUCGCUGGAGGGUACAAGCCUGUGAGGACACAGCUGAUAACACAACCACACUGAUGGUGACCAGCACAUACAGCAGUUUUUGAACGCACACACCUGAUCACAGACAGCGUGACAGUGAUCCUUUGUAUUUAUUCAAACAUUAAACAGCGACCAACAGAGAGGAAGAGAUAGCAGCCACAUGUGAACUAACAGCUGUAGAGUCAGACGUGUGUGUGUGAUAUCCUCCACAUUUAUCGAUCAGAAUUUAAUGUCAGUCAAGAUGGAAACAUGCACUCUCUUCAAAACAAGCUGUACAACCUAAACAUCUGAUAUACUUCUCCUCUGUACAAAGACUCUCAUUUUUUUGUACCAACAGAUUCUUUAUACAAAAGUAUUUUUAAAUAACACUGUGUACAAAUGUAUGAUUCUCCAUCUACCAUAGUUGCACUUUAAUAUGUACAGAGUGUUGCUUUGUGGUAUUUGGUGCGUUAACUGUGAAUAUAUGAGGUGAGGUCACACACUCACUUUA